AUGAGAACAGAAUUGUUUCGACAAACUUUACAAAAUGUAAUUUUAUCAAAUUAUGAUAAUUACAUAAUGACUAGAUUACAAUCUACUAAUAGUCCGGUUAAUAAUAAUAAUAAUAAUAGUAAUGGUAAUAAUAGUAACGGAAACCAUACAAAUCCAGAUCUAAUCGAUUUAACUCAUAGAAAUGCCUUAAUCAAAAAAUAUUUGAAUAAAUUAAAUAGUUUAUUAUUUGAAUAUUUAUCAUCUAACAAAGAUUGGGCAUCGUCAUCAUCAUCAUUAUCAUCAUCAUCGUCGUCAUCAACAUCAUCAUCACCAUCGUUGUUAUCCUCAACAAAUAUCAUUGAACCAUAUCAUCAGUUUAAUGUAUAUAAUAAUAAUGAGUCAAGAAAUUGCUUAUAUCAGUGGUUAAAUCAAUCAAUCAAUUGUAAUAAUUUAUAUGAUGAUAACACUUUGAUCAAGAAUAUAAACCAUGAAAGUAAUCAUUUAUUGAAAUUAGAUGAUAAUCUACCUCUUGAAGAAGCAACAGUACAAUUCAAUGAUGAAAAUAAUAAUAAUAGAGAUUUCCAUGUUGAUAAUAAGUAUCAUUUAGAUUCAUAUAGGACUUCAUUUAAUAUACCCGAAAUAUAUCAUUCUAAAUGUAACCCUUUAUGGUCAGAUAUAUGUUGUACAGAAAAUUAUCAUCCUGAAUUAUAUCAAAAUAGUUCAAUUUGGAAACAAACAUCAUCAUCAUCAUCAUCCCCAUCACGAUCAUUAUCAGCGGCAGCAACAACAACACCACCACCACCACCAAUCACUGAUUGUUCUUUGAAUACUAAACAUACAAUUAUGAAUUCAUCAUUUAUAUCAUUGAAUAAAUCUAAUUUCAAUGAAAUUAUUGAUGAUACAAAAUUACAAUUACAAUCUACUACUACUACUACAACUACUAAUACAAUUCCAUCUAUUUCAUAUUCUCCACCAUUAAAUUUUAAUGAAUUUAUUUUAGAUCAAAAUAUGUUAUGUCCAUUAUGUCAUAAAUGUUUUCGAUUUGAAAAAAAUUUAUUAAGACAUUUACAAAAAACCCAUGCAACUAGUACAGGUGAAUCAUUAUUAAAAUGUAAAUUAUGUAAUUAUACAACAAGACAUUAUAGUAAUAUGUAUGUACAUAUUAGAACACAUACAGGUGAUAAACCUUAUUCAUGUUCUGCUUGUGGUGUAACAUUCACUCAAGGAUCAUCAUUAAAAUUACAUAUACGAUCACGUCAUAAUGAUAAUAUUAAAUAUUUUUCAUUAAUACGUAAACCAGGUAAAAAUAAUUUAACAAAAUUAUGGACAAGAAUAUUAAAAAAAGAUUUACCAAAAUUUAAUACAUUCAAAUCAUCAUCAUCAUCAUCUUCAUCAUCAUCUCCAUCUUCAUCCUCUUAUUAUUAUUAUCAUUAUUAUUAUUAUUAUAAUUAUUGGAAUAAAUGGAAAAAUAUAAAAUUAAAUAAUCAAAUUAAAAAUCAAUAUAAAAAUCAAUUAAAUUCGAAUUCAAAUUUUAUUGAUUCAAUAUUCAAUAAUAUGAAUCAUAAUAAUAAUAAUUCAUUAUUGAUCAAUGAUAAAAAUAUUAAAAAAAUCAUUCAAUCAAAUAAUUGGAAAUCAAUAAAUUUUAAUUUAAAAAUGAAUAUGAAUAAAAAAUUUAAUCAUCAUCAUCAUCAUAAAAAAUAUAUAAAUUAUAUCCAAUCAAUAAAUAAUGAUUUAAAAUAUAAUGAUCAAAUCAUUCAUCGUAAUCAUGAUCCUGAUCAAUAUGAUAUUGAUCAAAUCAAAUUAAAUGAACAAUUAAUAAAACAAGAAAAUAUAUAAAUUAAAAUUAAAAUAAAUGAAUAUAAAUAUAAUUGUAAAUAUUUCAUUGAGUAGGAAAAAAUGAUAAAUGAUCUGAUGUUUCGUCACUCAAAGUAAGCCAUUUCUUCAGAGAAGAAGUUGAAAAAAAACAUAAAGAUAAUAUAUUCUUGUAUUGUUCAAUGUUUACUCUUUAAACUUGUAUGAAUUAUGAUUUGAUUGUUUAUUCACUUUGAAGAAGUCACUAACACUGAGUUACGAAACGUUAGAAAAUCUCAUUUCUCUACUUGUUGGAAUAUCUAUAAAUUAAUGAAUUUAAUGCCUAAUUUAUUCGAAAUUAUCAGUUCAAAUGAUAGUAAUGAUACGUAUAAAUUAAAACAGAUUGAAAAUGAUUCAAUUAAAUUUUUAUAAAUGAAUGAAAUAAUUAUUCAAAUGAAUAGCAUAAUCAUUUAAUGAAUGAAUAAUUCAAUGAAAUGACAAGUAAUUGAAUGUAAACAAUCUAUAAAUGAAAUAUUUUUCAUAAUUUGAAAAUUUCUAUUUCCAUUCAUCAUUCAUAAAUC